AUGAAGCUUAGUGACUUCUUGUGUACCAUUGUCUUUUUUGCUCAGAUUGGAAUUGGGUCUCUAGGGAAUUCUUUCAUACUGUUACUUUACAUCUUCAUUUUCCUCAGUAGUCACAGUAGAAGAUCCAUAGACUCUAUUUUUAUCAACUUGGCCUUAGCCAAUUUGAAAGUGCUUCUGUCCAAGGGAAUCCCUCAGACAAUGUUCUAUUUGGGCUUGAAAAAUUUCCUGGAACCUGUUGAGUGUAAACUUAUUCAGUACCUUCAUAAUCUGUCCCGAAGUAUUUCCCUUAGUACCACCUGCCUCCUUAGUGGUUUUCAGGUCAUCAUUAUCAGUCCCAGUAACUACAAAUGGUCUAAGCUUAAAGUCCAAGCCAAAAAGUAUAUUGUCUAUUCUUGUCUCUUCUGCUGGUGCUUCCACCUGUUGAUAUAUUUCACCAUGCUUGGGAUCAUGCAUAACUCAAGAUUUAUGAGUAACAACACAAGAUGGUGGAAUCUGGGAUAUUGUUCAAUUGCAAGUCCUAACUCAUUUAAUGCCUCAUUUCAUAUAUUGGUCUUCUCUCUUCCUGAUGUCAUUUGCAUAGCAUUCAUGAUCUGGGCCAGUGCCUACCUGGUUUUUCUUCUGCGUAGCCACCAUCAGCAAGUCCAACAUAUUCACCAUCUCCACAUUUCUCCCAGAACUUUUCCUGAGAUAAAAGCCACCCAUGGAAUUCUUUUACUAGUGUGCACAUAUGUCUCCUUCUAUUCCAUUGAUUCCAUCUUGACAUUUUCUGCUUUUCAAUUUGGCAAAUAUGACUCUUUUCUCCUUCCCACUGCACAGUUCAUGGCUGCAUGUUUUCCAACUAUUUGUCCUUUUCUCCUGAUGUCCUAUGAUUCCCAACUCCACAGAUACCAUCAGCAUCUAAGGUGA